AUGGUGGUGACCAUUGCUUCCGUGGACAUCGUCUAUGUCAUCUCUUCUAUGGAGGUCUCGCGGCCGGAGAUGCUCCGGGCGACGCCGGCCUACCGGGUUCUGCAGGGCUGCGGCCAGGUGCUCCGGGAGAAGGGGAUGCCAAGCGCAAGAUGCUACUACGACUUGAGCUACGAGGUUCCCGAGAUUGACGAGUUCUGGUCUCACAGCUGGCACGGGGAAGCCCAUCGCAAGAUUCUCUUGCUCCUGCUGCUCAAGAAAGGGCCGGCAGCCGUGCUGGUGGGCACCAUGGGUGCGCUGGUGAUGAUGCUCUUGCAAGUUGCGGACGUCAUUCCCGGCUUCUACAAGAAGCCCCCGCUUCUGGGAACGGGCGUGGCCUACGAAUUCGGGCCUUACUCGCUGCUGGUGGGGAUCGGGCUCUGCUGUCUUACGUUGCUGCUCUGGCGUCCGCGGCAGGCCGUCUUUCUGGAUCAGAUCUGUAUCCACCAGCAUGAUGGCACCCUGAAGAUGGAGGGCAUCCUGAACAUCGGGGCGAUCAUGAAGAAGUCGCGCUCCCUCCUGGUGCUUUGGGACCAGACCUACGUGGAGAGGCUUUGGUGCAUCUUUGAACUGGCGGCUUUCCUGAAGGGCCACGAAAGUGAGGAGGCUGAGAUUGUGGUGAGGCCCACGUUCCUGGCCCCAUGGACGUGCUACCUCUUUGCAAGUUGGUGCGUAUUCUCAUCCUUCGACCUGCUCGUGCCCUACGUGAGCAUGAUCCCCGUCAUCAUCAAGUUCGUCCUCAUCGUUCCUGCGAGCUGCUUCUUGACGGGGAUGUUCUGCCGCUACUACCGAGCCAUCCAGCACAUGCAGGAUCAGCUGCGCGGUUUCCGCGCAGAGGACGCAAAGUGCCUGUGCUGCAGUCUCGGCCAUGACGAGAACGAGGCCCGGCUUUGUGACCGAAGAGUUGUGCUGGACUGCAUCAGGACAUGGUUCGGCUCGGUGUCUUCCUUUGAAACUUCUGUGCAGAGCAUCGUGUCUGUCGCUCUUUCCCGUCGUCUUGGGAUGCUUCCCUUCACGUACAGGUGGCUACUUCUCGCCGAGGCUCCAUGCAUUUGGGGUCAUUUCGACAUGAUCGCAGGGAGGCUGAGAUAUGGCGACUACUACUGGGCCUCUGUCGUCGCGAUCAUCGCCCUGGCGUGGUGGUUGGCAGCAGGGCCGACGUUGUUUGCCCUGCCUGCCCUUGUCGCAGAUGGCUUGCUCCGGAAAGGAGACCUCUCCUGGCGCGACAUCGGCAUCACGCUGUGCGGCUCCUCAUUGCUGGUGAUGGUCUCCGUGGCGACAGUGGCCUUCCAAUAUGUGUGCGUUCAGUGUUUUCCCAGCCCGUUGCUGGGCGCCUUGUGCUUCGCUACAACCGUCCUGAUGGUAGCGCUCUGUGUCUGGUGCCCCCGAUCGAAAAAGGCGCCUGAGUCGGACGAGGAGACGACGGAAAGUGAGGAGUCUUGUGACACCUAG